AUGGCUCCUGUCGAUAAAUGCCUGGCCUCGGUGGCCAGGCUGAGCCUUUCCCAGGCCUCCCGGCCAACGGCGUCAAUGGUGCCGCGAUGCCUGGCCCCAGCGGCCCUGGCGCAAGCCCGCCAUGCUUCGGUUGUCCGCAUCAAAAAGGGUCCAGCCAAGAAGAAGUCUGUGCCAAAGGAAUUCAGACGCCACAACCUCGACAAGACCGAGUUUCCCAGGUUCUCACUCGUGGAGGCCAUGAGAAUCCUCCGCGCAUACGAAGUCGGCCAGCCUCCCGCCUCCAUCAAAUACGAUCUUGCCAUCAACCUGAAGACCGCCCGCAACGGCCCCGUCGUCAAGAGCAGCCUGCGCCUACCACACCCCGUCGGCACCGACUGGCGCAUCGCCGUCAUCUGCAAGGAGGGCAGCGAGGUGGCUGCCGCUGCCGCCGCCGCGGGCGCUGUCGCUGUCGGCGAGGCGUCGCUCUUCGAGGAGAUUCGCAAGGAGAACAUCAACUUUGACCGCCUCCUGUGCCACGAGAGCAGCGAAAAGGCGCUGCAAAAGGCCAGCCUGGGCCGCAUACUGGGUCCCAAGGGCCUGAUGCCCUCUGCGCGCAUGAAGACGGUCGUCACCGACGUGGGCAAGGCGAUCCGCGACACCGCCGGCUCGGCCGACUACCGCGAGCGCAUGGGCGUGGUUCGUCUGGCGGUGGGCCAGCUCGGCCACACGCCGGAGCAGCUCAAGGCCAACAUCUCCGCCGUGCUAGCCAAGAUCAAGCUCGAGUGCGCCGAGAUUUCGGAGGAGUCGCACAAGGAGGUCCAUGAUGUCGUCCUGAGCACGACCAAUGGACCUGCCGUCAGCUUGAGCGGCAAGCUGGUGAAUGAGGACGAGACGGUCACCGCUGAGCAAUUAUCGGGUGCCAUGUAA